GAGAGAGAGAGAGAGAGAGAGAAAGCUGUUGAAAGAGAGGGAAAGCGAAGCGAGAAAAAGCAGAGAGAAACAGAGGGAAAAGUGAGAGAGCGAAGUCCCGAGAAAAUCAACGCGCAUUUUCUCUCCUCCCCGCUCUUUCUCCUUCCCCCCCACCUUUUCCGUCGCGCCCUCCUUUUCCCAAGAUCCCCUGAUCCUCCUCCUCCGAGGACUUUGGAAACUCUCCGAUCGAAAUCCCCUGUUCAAUUAUAUACGCCCCGCCCCCUCCCCUGUUUUCUUUUUCCUUUUGGAAGUUUGGUUCGUCCGUGAAGCUCCGGAGCUCGGUCCUCGAAUUCCCGAGAUAGGAAUUCAUUCGUUCUGCAUUGCCUCCUCGUUUUUUGGACGCGAAAGGGAUGUCGACGGAGCAGGUGGCGGCGACGUUCUCCGUGGAGUCCGUGGUGGAGGACGUCCUUCAGCAGCACCGGACGCGGUUUUGCGACCGCAACCUGGCCUCGCGGAAAGAGGAGGAAGCUUCCUCGAGAAGGUAUGACGCGGCUGGAUGGUUGAGGAAGACUGUCGGCGUGGUUGGUGGCAAAGAUCUGCCCGCUCACCCUUCUGAAGAAGAGUUCAGGCUCGGAUUGCGCAGCGGCAUAAUUCUUUGCAACGUUCUGAACAAAGUGCAACCUGGGGCUAUACCAAAAGUAGUCGAAGCCCCGUCCGACUCUGUUAUCAUUCCCGAUGGAGCAGCACUUUCAGCUUAUCAGUAUUUCGAGAAUGUGAGGAAUUUUCUUGUGGUUGCGGAGGAAUUGGGGCUUCCCACCUUCGAAGCCUCUGACUUAGAGCAGGGGGGAAAAUCGGCUCGGAUUGUGAACUGCGUCCUGGCGCUAAAAGCUUAUAGUGAAUGGAAACAAGGAGGUGGAGUCGGAUCAUGGAAACUUGCGGGAGCUAAACCCGUUACGUCUAGUAAACAAUUCAUGCGGAAGAACUCAGAGUCAUUCAUGAAUGUCUUCUCGAGGACCUCCUCCGCUAGCGACAAGUCUCUAGAUGGCUUUUUUAGUGAACAUGGUGAUAUUUGUCAGGACCUCAAUGUUGCAGGAUCGUCUCGUUCUCUGAGCAUGUUGGUACGACAAGUUCUUUCAGACAAGAAACAAGAAGACAUUCCAAUGGUUGUGGAAUCUUUAUUGAGUAAAGUCAUGGAGGAGUUUGAACGUCGUUUAGCAAGUCAAAAUGAAAUGAUGAAAACUGAAUCAAGAGAUGUGGAAGUAACCUGCUGCGGUAAUUCUCUUUCUACAAGUGGAGCCGAGGACACAAAGAUUGAGGAGCAAACCGCAACACACACUCAAUCCGAGGAACAACACAGUCAAAAGUCGAUUGAUGAUGAGGCAUCAGCCUCAUCAGAAGGUCGACUCUUGAAAAAACAGCAGCAAGUUGAACAGCAACAGAAAGAUAUUCAGGAGCUGAAGCUAACUGUAUGUACAACGAAAGAAGGAAUGCAGUCUUUACAAAUGAAGCAUAUGGAGGAGCUUGCCAAUCUUGGUAAAUACCUACAUAGUCUAGCUCAAGCUGCUUCUAGAUACCAAAAGGUUCUUGAGGAAAAUCGAAGGUUGUAUAAUCAGGUGCAAGACUUGAAAGGAAACAUUAGAGUAUAUUGUCGCGUGAGACCAUUUUUACCUGGGCAAGCAAAUCGUCUAAGCACUGUGGACCGCCUAGAGGAUGGAAAUAUUACAGUGAAUACCUUAUCUAAAUAUGGAAAGGAGGCCAGGAAGUCAUUUACAUUCAACAAAGUAUUUGGUCCUUCAGCAACCCAAGAGGAAGUAUUCUCAGACACUCGGCCCCUCAUUCGGUCUGUCCUUGAUGGUUACAAUGUCUGCAUAUUUGCUUAUGGCCAAACUGGAUCUGGAAAAACAUAUACCAUGACUGGGCCAAAAGAGCUAACAGAGGAAAGCAUGGGUGUAAACUUCAGAGCAUUAAGUGAUCUAUUCUUCCUCUCUGAGCAGAGAAAGAAUACCAUUUUAUAUGAGGUAUCUGUUCAGAUGAUCGAGAUAUAUAAUGAGCAAGUCAGGGAUCUCCUUGUGACUGAUGGUCAGAACAAAAGAGUAGAUAUACGUAACAGCAGUCAAAAUGGAAUAAAUGUACCUGAUGCAAACCUCGUGCCUGUGUCAUCAUCUUCGGAUGUCCUGAACUUGAUGAACCUCGGUAAUUGUAAUCGUGCAACCGGUGCAACUGCCCUCAAUGACCGCAGCAGCCGUUCACAUAGCUGCCUGACUGUUCACGUCCUAGGAAAAGUGCUAGCUUCUGGAACCAUUCUCCGUGGUUGCAUGCAUCUGGUUGACCUGGCGGGAAGCGAAAGAGUGGACAAAUCUGAGGUGACAGGGGACAGACUGAAGGAGGCUCAACACAUUAACAAAUCUCUUUCUGCAUUAGGAGAUGUGAUUUCUGCCCUUGCUCAGAAGAACUCACAUGUUCCUUACAGGAACAGUAAGCUGACACAAUUGCUCCAAGAUUCACUUGGAGGGCAAGCCAAGACACUCAUGUUUGUGCACAUAAGUCCAGAGCCUGAUGCUAUAGGAGAAAGCAUCAGUACACUUAAAUUUGCUGAAAGGGUGUCUACUGUUGAACUUGGUGCAGCUCGAGUUAAUAAAGAUAGUGCAGAUGUGAAAGAGCUAAAAGAGCAGAUAGCUAGCCUUAAAGCUGCUCUUGCAAAGAAGGAGGGAGAUAGAGAGCAGCUUCAUCGUUCCCGGUCCUGCAGUCCAGAAAGAUUUGAAGUACAAUCGACACUUUCUAUGCAACUUAGUUGGGAGGGUCCAGGACAAGUGGCAAUUAGUCAUAGACAACCAAUGGAGGAUGUUGGAAACAUAGAGGUCCAGAACAAAUCCAUAUCCAAGCAGAAAAGACAGAACUCAGAUCUUCAGGAGAUGCUAGCAAACUCACCACCCUGGCCGCCGGUUACCAGUCCCGGACUAAAUGGGAAGGAUGAUGAGAAAGAAUUAGUUUCAGGGGAGUGGGUUGAUAAGGUGAUGGUUAAAAAGCACGAUGGCCUGAGCAGGGAGGAACAUCCGCUGGUUAAUUGGGAGGCCGAAAACGGGGACUUGCCUCGCAUGUUUUUUCAGAGACACCAUUCGGAUCCGUCAUUGCUGUCUCGAAACAGUCUUCCACAGAACAAAAUCAGGAACAACCAAGAUUGCGAUGCGCAGAGGGAUCGAUGCAACGAUAACGACUCCGACGACCUGGAGGCUGCGACGAGCGACUCCUCUGAACCAGAUUUGCUCUGGCAAUACAGCGCUUCUAAAGUUGCCAAGAAUGGCUUGGCGUCAAGGGCCAAGAAACCUCAGCCCAAGUCAGCAAAGAGCCCGGAGACAAGGAGUUUGAUUCCCACGUUAGCUCCUUCGCCGUCGAGGAAACUGCCCCGCGGAACCAGUCCGCCGCCGCACAAAGCUCGGCAGUCCACGACGGUCGACGGGAGACGAAGAAAUGGUUACGCAAAGUAAAAAUGUGCACGUACGUACCAGGAGGGGGGCGGUAUAGGGAAGCGAAGUGUACCUGAGUUUUUGGUUCUUUUCUUCUUCUUUGAUUCUUUGUGUACUAAAUGUAUUACAGGGAGAGAGAGAGAGGAUGUGUUAAUAUAGAAAGCGUCGAUGCUUCGGCGCUGGAGGGUGAUUUGUUUAUGUGGUCACCUCGUCGAUUCCGAUUUGUUCAUACGUUUUUGUCCUCCUUCACCAGGUUUGCUGGCUUUCUUCUUUUGAAAGAAAUGAAAACAGAGGAGGGAAAAAAAAAAAAAAAAAAAAAACAGAGUGGGAGAAUCGAUCAA